CCACGCAAGGGGGUGAAACUCUCCGACUCUUCCUUGGUCGCGUUUGGAAUUGAGAUCGAUUCGAUUCGAAUGUUCCCCCCUUUGCUUUCCACCGUCAACAUCGAACUGCACGAAAAGGAGCGGAACGAUGGGCUUCAAAAUCACGCGCUCACAGCGUUUGUCCGCCGUGAUUGGGAUUUCCACGGUUUUCUUCGUGGCGGAGAUUUCCAUCGGAUUUUAUACGCAUUCUUUGGCUUUGGUCGCUGAUGCCUUCCACUAUCUAAAUGACCUGAUCGGCUUCAUCGUAGCAUUGGUGGCUCUCCGGGUGUCCGAGACAAACGAUGCACCCAAAUCCUUAUCCUUCGGAUGGCAGCGAGCCCAGCUACUCGGCGCGUUCUUCAACGGUGCGCUUCUUUUCGCCCUGGGGAUCAGCGUAUUCCUACAAUCGAUAGAGCGAUUCAUUUCGUUGCAGUACGUGGAGAAUCCGAAGCUGAUGUUCAUGAUGGGCGCGGUGGGUUUGGGUCUGAAUCUGAUCAGCGCAAUUUUCCUGCAUGAACAUGACCACGGUCACGGCCAUCAUGGACAUUCGGCAGCACCGUUGUCCCCUAUUCCACCUACCAGCCAUGAGUCAGAUAUCUCUGAGCAUCGUAAUCACAAACACCAAUUGCACGGCACACAACCGACCUCCCUGGGACACGACUUGGGAAUGCUAGGUGUUUUGCUCCACGUGGUCAGCGAUGCGGCCAAUAACUUGGGAGUCAUGACUGCAGCCCUGGUGAUCUGGCUGGCACACUAUGAGGGCAGAUACUAUGCAGACCCAGGCACGAGUAUGGGGAUCGCUAUGAUGAUUAUGCUGUCUUCACUUCCUCUCGUGCGACGAUCUGGUCUUAUUCUGUUGGAGAGCGCUCCGAACGGGUUAGAUCCGGCGGACGUGAAACAUGAUCUGGAAAAGGUACCUGGUGUCUUAGCCAUCCACGAGCUUCACAUCUGGCGUCUGAAUCAGCACAAGACUCUGGCAUCGGUCCACGUCGUGGUCUCCGAUCCGUCCGUGGAGAACUUUGCGAAAACGACCAAGACCAUGAAUGAAUGCUUUCAUGCGUACGGUAUCCAUUCAGCAACACUCCAGCCGGAAAUGUGUCCCCUGGUGGAGGCCAUCUCUACGGAGCAUGAAUCGGCGGAGACCAUGCAGGAGCUACGCAAGAGAUCGCUGGAGAAAUGCCAAGUGCUAUGCGGAACGUUGUGCGAGGAGUUGACAUGCUGUGGGUAGAAGGCAAUUUUGUGUCCAUCUAUUCUUUGAAUGUUGCCAGAGGGGCGUAUUAUAUGCUCGUGGCCUUUUUAGGCGAGAAAAUGGGUUUUGGUAGCUGUGAUCCUAAAGAAUUAUGUACAUAUGGUCCACCUGCGGAGUGCGGAGUGCGGAGUGCGGAGGAUAUGGAAGGGGUUG